GCCGGGAAAUACAGCAGUGGAACUGCACUGGCUCUGAUGCUUGUGCUGAUUCCAGUGUGUUAGAACAAUGAUAAUCUGUGUGAGUGAUUCCUCUCCUCUCUGCCUGAUCUGCGUUCCUCUCAGCAGCAUAUUGAGUCAAGAAAAGUCUUGUUUGUGAGUGUCUUCUUGGAAAAUAACAUCCCUAGGUGAUACUGGGACCUGCCAGUUAUUUUUUAUAUUUUUGCAAUGUCUUUUGAGGGUGGGUUGAGCCAAAGUAUAGAUUGUUAGUAUUUUUUUUCAUUUUACAUCCUGUCAAGAGCAUAUCUGACCCUAUUUUCUGCUUCCACUUCUUGUUUAAGAGGCAGACCAUCUCUCCUCAAGGGACGCUGCACCUAGUCUUUGACAAUGAAGUUCAACUUGUUCAAAAAGCCACAGGCCAUGACGGCGGCCGAGCCAACCACUGCCUCCACCAUGACCAUGGCCCCCACACCGGCAGUCAUGUCCACCUCUGCGCCGGAAGUCUCUGGCUCCAACAACACAGAGAUCAACAAGAAUGAUAUGUUUGAGGAGAUCAAAAGCAAAUUCUUAAAUGAAAUUGAUAAAAUCCCACUGCCGCCAUGGGCUUUGAUUGCCAUUGCUGUGGUGGCAGCAUUGCUCAUCCUUACCUGCUGCUUCUGCAUAAUCAAAAAAUGUUGCUGCAAGAAGAAGAAGAACAAGAAAGGAAAGAAGGGCAAGGAUGGCUUCAACAUGAAGAAUAUGCAGGGUGGCGAGAAACAACAGGAUGACGAUGAUGAUGAGGGAGAGACUGGACUAACAGAGGAGGAGAAAGAAGAAGAAGAGAAAGAACAAGAGAAACUGGGAAAGCUGCAGUACUCUAUAGAUUACGAUUUUGAGAAUACAAAGCUCACAAUUGGCAUCCUUCAAGCUGCAGACCUCAUGUCCAUGGACUCAGGUGGAACGUCAGAUCCUUAUGUCAAAGUCCUGCUUCUCCCUGAUAAGAAGAAGAAGUUUGACACCAAAGUGCACAAGAAGACACUGAACCCUGUCUUCAAUGAGACAUUUGUCUUCAAGGUGCCCUAUGAGGAGCUUGGUGGCAAGACCCUGUGUAUGUCUGUUUAUGACUAUGACCGAUUUUCCAAACAUGAUGUCAUUGGAGAAGUGAAGCUGCCCAUGAACACUAUUGACCUUGGACGGCCGAUCGAGGAGUGGCGGGAUCUGGAGAGCGCUGAUCAAGAGGAGCCUGAGAAACUUGGAGACAUCUGCAUCUCUCUGCGUUACGUCCCCACUGCUGGGAAACUAACCGUCUGCAUCCUGGAGGCAAAGAACCUGAAGAAGAUGGAUGCCUGCGGCUUAUCUGAUCCUUAUGUGAAGAUCCAGCUGCUGCAGGGGGGUAAGCGUCUGAAGAAAAAGAAGACUACGGUGAAGAAGAACACCUUGAACCCAUAUUACAAUGAAUCCUUCAGCUUUGAAAUCCCAUUGGAACAGAUGCAGAAAAUCCUGGUAGCUGUCACAGUGUUUGAUUAUGACAAGAUAGGUAAGAACGACGCCAUCGGGAAGAUCUUUGUGGGCAGCAAGGCUACUGGCUUAGGUCUGAAGCACUGGUCUGAUAUGCUGGCUAAUCCACGCCGCCCCAUUGCCCAGUGGCAUGCCUUGCAGCCAGAGGAGGAUAUUGAUGGUCAGCUGGCAUCCUUAAAUGCCAAGAAGUAACAUGCUCCACCAACCAGCUAACGCACUAACUCAGAAAUCCAACCCUUAUCCCUACUUUGCAUGAAUCCCACAACUUAAAGGGGAACUUCGGUUUUUUUCAACCUGGGGUCUGUUUUCAUAUGUCAUUUCAUACAUGUGAGUGAUGGAGAAAUGAAUUUUCGAC